ACACAAUAGCGAGCGAGUCAACAACAAACUUAGCUCUCACGAGAUUCCAUCCGCCAGACAACAAAAACUUGAAAACAUCUAGGCUACUCAAAAUGCAGAGAUAUAAUUGAUGUGGAUGACUUUACAACUAUGAGGAGUAAUACAAGUGUUCUUAGCGGCUUUUGCCCUAACACCCAUUGCCGGAGAAGAUUGUUUUUCCCAGAACACGAAUUGAGUGUUGAAUGCACUGGAUGCGGCCAGAGACAUGAGCAAUCUGUUCUUUUGAACCUGGAAAGAAUUUCAAAGAAAAUUACUGAUAUGUUAGAAAUGUUCUUGCAACUGAAACAAUCUGCUACAGACCAGCCACAGGCUGUUGAUCAAGAAUCAUUGAAAGUGAAUGGAUUGUCCAAUUAUCUUUGUGCAAUGCUUUCCCCACUACUCAGCAUCUAUGGCAUGGACAAGGCUACUGGAAAGGCCAAACUAUUAACUGAGAUGGGGAAGGCGCCUACGUUUGACUGUGCUCAGCUAGGAGACAGAGCUUUCCUGAUAGAACCAGAACAUUUGACAGUACCUGGUUAUGGACGAGAUAGAAGUGGGAGCUACAGUUACCUCAGUGGGACUCUUAAUCUUAUCAAACAGGCCAAUGAAAAUGAAGAACGUCUGGUUCCUGUCCAUGCAGACGGAGAUGGUCAUUGUCUAGUUCAUGCAGUAUCUAGAGCUUUAGUUGGGUGGCAGCUGUUUUGGCAUCCUUUAAGAGUUAAUCUAAUGGAGCAUUUCAAAAACAAUUUUAAUAAAUACCAGUUGCAGUUUCAGGAUUUUAUUGAUGACAGUGAAUGGGAAUUGAUUAUUAGAGAGUGUGAUCCAGAUUUUGUACCUCUUGGUGCUGAACCAACUGGCUUAAGAAAUAUUCAUAUAUUCGGACUGGCUAAUGUGCUGAAACGACCUAUAAUAUUGCUGGAUUCACUGGAGGGUAUCCGAAGUUCUGGGGAUUAUUCAGCUAUAUUUUUGCCUUGCUUCUCACCGCCAUCUGACUGUAAAAAUAAGGAAGGUGUUCUUAACCUGCCUGUGUGCAUUGCCUGGAGCAGCUCUGGUAGAAAUCAUUUCAUACCUUUAGUAGGCAUCAAAGGUAAAAAAUGUCCUCGGUUGCACAGAGAAGUGAUUCAAAGAGCUUGGGGAGUUUCAGACUCCGAGAUUGAUAAAUACGUAGUGUUUGAUGCUGAAGGUUUUUGUCAGGUUGGAGGGGAGAAGGUUAUUCAGACUGGAUACUUCCAGCGCCUGGUGACAUCCAUCUCGGAUAUUUUCUACCAGCAGUAUGGGGUAUCUCCAUCUCUCAUAGCAGAUGUGUACCAGCAAAUUUUCAAAGCUAAUGGAAUGGUAUUUGGUAUGAACCUUGAACCCAUUAUAAGCAAGACAAAAGCCAGCAUAAGUGAGGGUUGUUUGUUCAUUUGCCUGUCCUGCCACAGCUUAAGCCUCGUCAGCACCCCCAAUGAAGACUUGUUCUACCCUGGAGGGGAGUUGUUUGAACUGGCUGUCUCCUGUCAUGGCAAGCUGAAAGAUAAUCAGACAUACACAUUUCCUUUACAUGGUAUAGUGGCUAAAUAUGAUGCCUCAUUAAAUAAGUUGAUCUUUGAGGGAAACAAAAUGCCUGUAUCAUGUUCUCAUUGUACAAGUAGAACUACGGAUUUUCGUCCAGUGAAGACAGAUUACUCUGUCAUGUAUGAAAAUGGAGAUCGUACCAUGAGCAAAUCCAAGACAUGUAAAUGUGGCUUUAAACAUUAUUGGAAUGGCAAAGAAUAUGACAGUAUACCUAAGUUUAUUAAUGUUUUAAUGGACUGGGGUGGACAAUCUGUAAAAUUGAAAGUGCCUUGGUUUCAAGAUCAAGAGGAUCCAAGCCUCAACAGUAAUGCAUAUGAGAUAGCCCAAGACCUUGUCCAAACACACUUUCCUGGUGAGUUUGGCAGUGAGAGACUUGUACAGAAGGUUGUAGAUCAGAUCUUGUACCAGACCAACAAGCCUGAGCAGGAGAAGGAGGUGGAGCCUCUCUCUGGUGCAUCUGCAUCACAUGAUUCAGACCCACUGGAAGUUUCAGAUACCUGGUCACCUAACAAAGCAUCAAAAGCAAUCAUCACUGGUCUUCAGCGCCAGAGUGUUCAUAAAGAGGAACUCAACAAGAGCAAUGCUGAGCGCAAGCUGAAACAGCAAAUAGAGACCAAUGCUCCCAAACAGCAAAGAAAACUGUCAGACUCUGAAAGAAAACCAACCAUUGGGACAAUGGAGCAAGGGAGUCGUAAAACUCCAGAAAGAAGGUUGCAGCCAUCCCCCCCAGCAUCACCUGUCACAGUUCCAACACAACCACCUGCCACUAAAAUUACCACAAAUCCCACAUCACUUGCAACAGAGUCGACCAAUUCUAACAAACGUAUUAGAUUGUCCACAUCUGAUGGUAAAAAUAUAACUUUAGACAUACCAUCUGAGUGCUCUUUCACUGAGCUACAGAAACUGAUAGGUAUAGCUGUUGACGUUCCUCCAACCAACCAGAGGAUCAGGCAUGGUUUCCCUCCCAGGGAACUCAAGCCCCCAGCCAGGGCAGAAGAAGACUAUAAAGUUCCCAUUCAGUCAGGGGAUAAAGUGAUGUUAGACAUCAUCCACCCUCCUGCAGAAAGCCAGCCACAGCCACCAGAUAAGAACAAAAUGCAUCGGCACUCAGGAAGCAAAGAUAUGUCUUGGACUUCAUUUGCCGAAGGAGGCAUGGAUGAAGUAUCAGAUAGAGUGCUUCAGAGAUUAAUGGAUCCCUUGCUGUCCAGUGGAGGCGACAACUUGGACCAUUCUCUGUCAGCUUUGGCUCUGACUGCAGCCCUGGAAAACAAAGACUUCUGGAUGUACGUUCAAAUGAGACCCCACCUGUUUUCAGUGAAUGGCUUGUUUUACAAGCAGGUGGAGAGAGAUGUUGGCCUAGAGCACGGCAAACACUGCCAGCUGCCCUUGUUGCCCCAAAAGGUAUUUGUGUACAAUCGUUUUGAUGAUAGGCUAGAACUUUGUUUGGAACCGUAUGGGCACUUUCCUAUUGAAAAUAAUGUUGAGAAAAAUGCAUGCAAUGCACUUCCUGCCAGCAAAUGUACUAACAAGUCAACCAGCAAGCCAUUCUCUGGUCAAGGUCAUUCUCUGCGUUCUAGCACUACUCAAGAAGAAAGAAUGCCAACAGAUGUUCCCAUGUCUCCGAAGCGCCAUGAAGCCCGUAGACUGAACACUAUGUGUGACCCUGCCAUACACCAAGAAUCUAUAGAGGAAGAAGAUGAGGAAAAUGAGAUGGACAAAGAACCAGCUGAAAAACAAGCACCCAGUGCUUCUCAUCGUCUCAACCCAGCACAAAUCAUCAGAAAUCUCCCCCUCAUUAGGGGAGCUGUUGGUCCUCACACGCUGCUUCCCUCAGACACCAAGCUUGUACGCAAGGGCCCGGGGUACAGUGAACUUAGCCCCAUCCCAGAAAACGCUGCCAAUGAGCGCAAUGAAAUGCUUCACCAGCUUGUCAGCAGGAUAGAGAGAGCAGCAGAGUCUAUGUGCAAUGAUGCAAGAGCAAUAAGCCAGGAGAGGGAGCUGUCACCUGGUCAUGUGACCUCACCAACUUGCUUGACAGCAAACAUCAAAUCAAAAGUUUCUGAUCCGUUAGCAGAUAAAUAUUACUCAGCCAAUCAAGCUAAAGUCAGUAACAACUCAAACCAGUCUUUCAUUAGCAGUGUGUAUGAUGGAGGAAAAAACUCAAACAGCUCAUCCUUUCCUUGUUCCCCUGCCACUGAUCACAACUCAAACAACCCUCUGAUGUCCACAUCAGACAUCACCAACAACAACACAACCCAUUCUUACCCUCCUCAGUCCGUCACCAACACAGUACAAAGAGAUUUUCACACUGUUGCCACCUUGGCAGGUGAAGUGGCCUUAAAUAUUGCAGCAAUGGACACAGACGCACAGCCUGUGUGUGACUAUGACAUGAGUGCUUCAAAGGGGCGCCUGGAAUUCCAGGAGUCAGAGCAGAAGUCUGGAACUGAGACUAUGGAGGUCGACAACUUAAUUCUUGACUGUCAGGCACAGAAUACUGCAGUGGAAGAUGACACACAGACCACCUCACAUAGCUCAGAAGAUUCCUUUACAGUGCAGACAUCAGACUGUUCAAAAGAAGUGGAGCCUGAGAAACCAAUGACAGAAUCUAUGGAUAGCUCAUAGUUGGGUUGUGUGAUAUUGAUCUCAUCAAUUUUUUUAAUGUAGCUAACAAUGUGCCAAAGACACUUUUUGUAUAAGAAAUAUCCUAGCAAUAAUUACCGUUAAUUCUGCAUACAUAAAUAAAAAAAAUAAUUUUCAGAAUUUGUUUUUACCACUAUGAAGAACAAAAGUAUAUGAUGGUUCAGUCUAAACAAUCAGUAUUUAAAAACAAAUUGUUGGUAAAAAAAAAAGCAAAUUAUAAUUCUUUGUUAUAAUAUAUAUUAAUUCUUUAAAUUUAAUUUAUUGUAUGUUUAUUAAAUUCUUUGCUUGCUUUUUGUUUUAUUUUCAAUUAUCACUUUCAAUAACAAAAAUACUUUAUACAUGGCUUUAGCUUAAAUUCUUCAUUUGCAUGCUGUAUGUUUUAAUCUUUUAAUCUUAUUUUAAUUACAUAAAAGACUGUGUUACUACUGUGCAAAUGAGUUGGUUUUCUGUUAUUUAAUGUACCUAGUAAUUACCACUAAAAAAACUUGUUGAAAAAUGUAUAUUCAAUAAUUAAAAACAUUUAUUUAAUCUCAGGGAGUCUUUGUAAAUUAUUAAUAAAUAUACAUUGAACUAGUCCAUUGAGGGCUUUAAAAAAUUUCUAUUUAGUUUACUUAAGUCCACUGAGUUAUUUUACCAAGUUAAAUGAGAUGACUAAUUCAAGUACUCUGGAAAAGAUUUUGCUUUUAAAAUCUAGAAAAACAUUUGAAAAACAAGUUUUUAUUACAGAAAUAAUUCAUUGUCUUUUAAUUUAAAUUUAGAGGAAUAGUUAAAUCAUUUUCACUGUUACUCCUUACUAGAUGGAAAUGAAUUGUGAUAUUUGCAGUGCCAUUUUUUAAAUUGAGUUAAGAGUUCUUUCUCCAGAAUGACUAAUGGAAAAGAAAAGCCCUAGUUAAACUGAUAAAUAUUUACUAAAAAUUAAACUAAUAAAGUAUUUGACUAAAACAUACUUGUGAAGUAUUCUUGAUUUAAAAUAGAUUCUUAUAUUUUAAUAAAAUUAUACCAAAAUACAGCUUUCACAAUUAUUUUUUGUUUUUCUUUUUUUGCGUUGGAAAGCUUAAAAAUGUGACCCACAGAACACUUUUGUUAUUCAAUUUAGACAAGUAAAAAAACUUUUUAAAAUAAAAUUUUGUUGCAUUUCUCUGUUGUCCGAAAAAGCAGCAUUCACAAUAAUUCUUUAUUUGUAUUUUGUUGUCUAAACCUAUUAGAGCUUAUCACCAUCACAACUGAUAUUUGACACUUUUUGAUUUCACAUUGCCUGGUUGUGAAGAGUAAAACUUUUUCUCUAAUGAUCUCUGUUUAACACCCUAAGACAUGUGUUACAUCUGUUUAUAUUCUCUUGUAACACUGUCAGCAUGGAUAUCAGUUUAACUUGCUGAAAUUAAAAUGUGUAUAUUUCCAUAAUGAUUUGUAUGACUAGUCUGUUUUUUUAACAAUAUUUCUAUCACUAUAUGUUUUAAAAUUACUUGAAUUCCAGUUUCACUUUUGGAGCAUUUUUACAUGCUGUUAUUCAAGUCAAUUUUUUAUCAACUGUCUUUUUUCCAUUUAGACACAUUGAAUGUAAGUAAACAUAUUUCAAGUCAGUCUAUGUUCUAUGUAUUAUUCAGUUAACAUUAAAUUAAUUGUUUAAGGAUGCAUAAUUCAUAUGAACAGUUUGCUAAUACUAUGCUUCUGUUUCAAUAUAACAAUUUCUAAACACGUUUUUCAGUUAACUAAAUAUAAUAAUUUAAACAAAAAGUAUUAUCUAGGCAAUUCACUUGAAGAAUUCAAAUCUACACCCUGGAAGAACAUUUUGAAUGAAGCUAAUAAAGCCACUGGCGUGAAGCAAUACAUUUCAUUUAACUUACGAUUGACUUUUUUAUGAUCUGAUAUUUAUUUUGUAUUAUUAUUAAAAGUGUUAUACAUUAUUAUUCAAUAAUAUUGUUGUCGUUUACAUUGUGUAUUUUUAAAAAUGGUGUAAAAUUUAAACUUUGAUAGUGUAAAUAUAAGUGAACAAAGUGCUUUUCAUUUUUCUUGUGUAUUUAAUUUAUACACAUUUCCUGUGUUAAUUUUUAAACAUCAAAACAACGGAAUGAACUAAUGUACAUAGCUUGAUCGUUGCAUGUCAGCUUAAUUCUGCUUUCAAGGAGUUGUGGGUUAUAGAGUAGAAUAAAAUAUCACUAACAUUGUUUUUUGACAAUUUUGUUAUUUCUCAUCUAUUAUUUACAACUUUAAUCAGUGUUCAUGGUCAUUACAAGUUUUAAAAACAAGUAUUUUGUUAAAUGUCUAGCAUAGCUGAAUAUUCUCUGCAGUAUAUUCUGCUCUUCACAUAAUAUUAAUUAAAGAUAAUUUUGAGCAUCAUUUUUUUUCUUUAAAUUAAAGAAUUUGUAUUGAUUUAUUAAAUUAUUGUCUUCUACUAUAAUUAUAAAAUGCAUUGAAAACACAAAUUUAAAAAAGAAAUAGUUUUUAAAAACAAAUCAGUUUAAUAUUGCAAUAGUGUAAAUAUUUGUAAAAAUGAAAAAUAGAAAUAAAACUGAAGAGAGCUUCUAGAUUUAUACCGAAUGUAUUAACAUUAAUUGAAUUUAAUGUUUCAGUUUUUUACUGUGUCCAAUCUUACUUCAUUAUCUAAAAUACAAUGGUGUUUGAUUGUGACAUAUACUAUUUUUAGUAGGACUGUUUAUCGUAUUUGUACACAUUAGUCUUUCUUCAUUAUUUUUUAAAUGCCAUUUCAAUGUAACAUCCUGGCUAACUACCCAGAGGUAGGUGUUAAAUAAUUAAAUACAUUUGUUUAAACAAUUUUAAACUUUUAACAAUGUCUGUCAGUUAGUUCUAUUGUUUGUAAUGUAAAUAAGAAUUGACACCAUAAUCUAUUCUUACACAAUUGGUUGCUGAAGGUUGUAGAAAAGUAAAUGUGAAAACUAUCAAAGCAAGGCCAGCCACUCUAACAUGCAGUGCUCGGUUGAGAACAACACUAGAGGAGUGAUGUGAUACUUAGAACAUUAUUUGUAGCCCUAUCACAUUUCUUUCUUGUCGCUAUUACAUUUCUUUCUUGUCCCUAUCACAUUUCUUUCUUGUCCCUAUCACAUUUCUUUCUUGUCCCUAUCACAUUUCUUUCUUGCACCUAGUCUUGUCCCUAUCACAUUUCUUUCUUGUCCCUAUCACAUUUCUUGCCCCUAUCACAUUUCUUUCUUGCCCCUAGUCUUGUCCCUAUCACAUUUCUUUCUUGUCCCUAUCACAUUUCUUUCUUGCCCCUAUCACAUUUCUUUCUUGUCCCUAUCACAUUUCUUUCUUGUCCCUAUCACAUUUCUUUCUUGUCCCUAUCACAUUUCUUUCUUGUCCCUAUCACAUUUCUUUCUUGCCCCUAGUCUUGUCCCUAUCACAUUUCUGUCUUGUCCAAGUUAACUGAUUGUUUAUUAUAUUUGAUUUAAAUACUUUUGCUUGGUUAAUGUUGUUUGAAAAAUAUGUAAAGCAAAUUAUAAAAGAAUACAUUUAGCUGUAAUUAGAUCUAUAUCAAUUGCUCAAAUGCCAAAAAAUUGUUGAAUUUUAUUAACCACUUUCUUUACUAUUCAAUAUUUAGAAAACUUGUAUUAAAUGGUAAAGGCUAUGUUUGUAUGCAUUGAAUUGUCCACAUUGUUAUGCUUAUGUCCCCUUUGAAAUUUACAAAUAAAUUCUAAAAUUCAAUAUGUUUGCAAAGCACAGUAGAACAUACAAUCAGUUAUUUUUAUCAUAGCUCUUGGUUAUUAAAGGGUUAUAAGAGUUUGUGCGUAAAAACUAUAUAUUAAAUUAUCUUAUUUUUGUAUUUGUUAAAUCAAAAACUUUGAAACUGUUAAUUACAAGUUUAAGAUAAGAUUAAUAUUUUUCAUCAAGUUAUAUCUUUAACUGGCUGCUAUUUUUUAAUUUCUCAAAGAUGAAUAGAUGUUUUACUAAAAUAUUAAACAGCUGCCAAGUAAUUAUUCCUCUAUUAUUACAUUCUAUUUACACCAGUAAUUAGGAGCAAUCACAUCACACAAUUAAAGAGUAUAUUUAAAAUAACCUCAGUCAAGGAUUAAACUUGUAAACUGUUGUAAGAUUAUUUUCUAAUUGUUGGCAAAGAUUUGUGCCAUUAUUUGUUUAUACAGCUUUUGCAUUCUUAAUUUGCCUUGUUUUCUUAAAAAAAUUCAUGCUUUCAAACCUGUUCGUUCUUUUCUUGUUUUAAGGGUUGGGAGAGUUACAUCUGAGUCAAUAAAUAAAGAUAGGUGGUUAACUGGCAUAAUUUUUUGUAUUAGAUUUCUUGCUGUAGGAAAAAUGUCUGGGAACAAUUUCUUUUUAAAGAAUUUAAAAAACAUUGAAAUACAGGUAACAAGUAAAUAAAACAAAAAAGUUUGUUUAAAUUCACUGUUGUUGCGGUUAAUUUAUUUUCGUCAACAAUACAUAUACAAAAUAUUAAAUAAGGCAGGGAGUAAGCAUUUUAUAACAGAGGAAGCAAGAGCUGCACUAAAGUAUAUGGCUUUGCAGACAGAGACCACUAUGUCUACAUCAUGUGAAAAAUCAUAAUUGCCACUUAAUAGAGCUACAUGGCUUGUAGUUCCUGAAAAAAAACUGUUUGUAGAUAGCAAAGGUUUAGGACAGUAUAGCAAAAAGAAUUGAUUAAUUUUGGAAUAAUAUUACUGUCAAAAACAAUUUCCAAUAAAUAAAUGAAGUGUGAAAUUCUCU